AUGGCGGCGCCUUGGGCAGGAGACAACCCCUUUCAAGAGGAACAGCCCUUCGGCGGCGGCCAAUUCGACAUAAUCGACUGGCACCCCUAUUUCCAAUCCUGCGUCCGCUACUUCAUCGAACACGCCCAAUUCGAAGGCCCCGUCCAAGCCCUAGCAGCCUUCAUCAACAUCCAACUCCCCUUCCAAAAAGCCCAACAAAACCCCACCCUCCUCCGCCGCUCCCCUUCCCAUCCCGGCGGACCAUCCCACCCCCCAGGCGGCCCCGGCCGUCUCUCUCCCGCAGCAGCCGCCGCCGCCGGGCAACCACCUCAACCCGUCACAUACCACGUCUCCCUACACCCAUACAUCCGCCGGCUGAUUGCGACGGGAUUUGACUUCCCCGCGGUUUUGCACGGGUUCUUUGGGGAUGACUGGGAAUUGGGGGUGCGGCCGCUGCAUGAGCAGGAGAGGCGGAAUUUCUUGUUUGCGGCGAAGAGUAGUAGCUGGUUGGAGGUGAAGAGGGCGUAUGAUAUGGGCACGGAUGAGACGGUGCCGUUUUUGAAACCGUUGAGGAAUGCGAGUGAGCAGGAGAUUAGGGCCGGGGAGGGCGGGUGGAGUGAGUGGUUGGCUAUGCAGGAUUGGAUGCUAGGGCCGAGGUCGAUGGAAGUCAGGGGUGAUACCGCGGGAGGCUCAAGGUCAGGGGCUGGUGGAGUGAGGAUUAAGAGGGAAGAGGAAGAUUGA